AUUUUGUCUUAGGGUGACCAAGAACUACUAGAGGUCAUGAUUCCAUUUUGGUGGUUGUUGAUAGGUUCUCUAAAAUGACACAUUUUCUUUCAUGUAGCAAAACUACUAAUGCAUCUCAUGUUGCUAGAUUGUUGUUCCGAGUGGUUGUCAAGUUACAUGGUUUGCCUGAGUCAAUUGUGUUAGAUAGAGAUGUUAAGUUUGUUAGUUACUUUUGGAAGACAUUACUGAAAUUGUGUGGUACUACCCUUCUCCUCUCUAGUGCUAUGGCCAAACCGAGGUUGUUAACCAUAGUCUUGGGAACUUUUUACAUUGCGUUGGGUGAGAAGCAAGGUAAUUGGGACUUAGUUCUACCUACUGUUGAGUUUGCAUAUAACAAUUCUGUUCACCAUACCGCUGGCAAGAGUCCAUUUGAAAUUGUGUAUGGCUACAAACCUCGUACCCCUAUUGACCUUGUUCCUUUUCCACCUAAUUUUUGUGUUUCUGAACCCAUUCACACGGCGCUGAAAUCCGGAAUCCAUUUUUUGAGGUCUGUUUUGAUAGAAAGGGAAGAUAUUCCUAUGGAACUAAUAUCUCUAUUGCUUCUAUGUGUGGAAAAAGAUGAUAUAGUUGUUCCGCCUGUUGCUCAAAAAUUAUCAGAAAAAGUGCUAGCAAACUGUGCUACUAAGCUUGAGCCUUAUUUGAGAAAGGGUGUAGCAGAUAAUUAUAUUACUGAUGAAGAAAUUCCAAAGUCAACCAUUUGCUGUGGUAUUCCCAUACCUAAGGAAGAUGAUAGUAACUUAGUGACAAAACAUGAUAUGGUGAAAGUUCAAGGAAAUAAUGUGGUGGGUUACUUGACUUCUCUUUUGUUGGGUUCUGAACAAGAAUUCAAGCCAAAUGAAUUACUUGAAGAGCUUCAAUAUUCAGAGGUCAAUGACAUGGUGGAAAAUAGAGGAGAUCUUGACAAAAUGGAAUUCAAGAAACUUCCGGAAAUAGAGCCAAAUGGCUUAGUGGAAACUGUGGAAGAAAAUUUUGAGUUCCUUUCUGUCUUACAAGCUGUUCAACCUGUUGAGUUCAUUUUUUCAGAAGAAUUUGAUGCUAAACAUCCAGAAGCAAGACGAAAAAUUGCUAUGGAUACUGCUGAUUAUAAAUUAGCUGCUGAUGUGCAUCGUAAAGCUAAAGAUUUUAAUGUUGAUGAUUUUGUAAUGGUUCAGGUUCACUCUAAGCAUGUCCCAAAGAAUGCUUCAAAAAAAUUAUUUGCUAGAGCCAUUGGGCCUUACCCCAUUAUGCAAAAACUUGGAUCUAAUGCAUAUUUACUUGAUUUACCUGAUCAUUAUUCUAGUAGUCCAGUUUUCAAUGUAAAAGACUUGUCACCUUAUAAAGGUACAUUUGAACCCCCUGCUUUGUCUUCUAGUAACGUUGCAGGUACAGCCACUUCUAAAGAGCCUCCUCUUGCACAUUGCUAUGAGGAGGUUAUCAAGGUUUUGGAUGAUCAAUUUGUUGGCUCUAAACAUGGAGGUUUCCAACGCUAUUUGGUGCAAUGGAAAGGAUGUCCACCCUCAGAUAAUUCUUGGUUGAAUAAACAGGAACUUCUUGCUCUUGCUUCUGCUCUCCUUGAAGAAUAUUUGGCUUCUCCCUCUCUAGAGUCGAGUUCUUUUUCUUUUCAACCAGGGGAGAAUGAUGGUGCACAGCCUAAAGAGUGCAAGACCUUUAAGCAAUGUUAUUUUCGUAGGAUGUUUAAGAAUUAGUUUAGUAGUUGGACUUAUUUAGUAAUUUUAAUAAUUUUCGAAACUUUAU